ACAACCAGCAGCAGCAGCAGCAGCAAAAGCAAGACUCCUGCGCCGCCGACUACAAGAGGGUUAAAAGUGUAGAUUGGAUUUCACCCCGGGAAAUCUAGCACACGGAGUGAACUUGAAUCUUUGGCUAUUUAAGGAGGACUGGGGUUUGUUGUGAAGUUGUGGUGAUCCAGGGCAGAGCCCCGUCCUGAUUGAUUUCAUCUUCCUUGAGUCUCAGAUGACUGUAAAAUCAAUAGAUGAAAUUAUUUCUUUUUGAGGCUUUUCUUAGAGACUCUCCGGGCAGCGUGUUCUCAAAGCGAAGUCAUGAUGUAUUCUCCAAUCUGUCUCACUCAGGAUGAAUUUCACCCGUUCAUUGAGGCACUUCUUCCACAUGUCCGUGCAAUUGCCUAUACUUGGUUCAACCUUCAGGCUCGAAAACGCAAGUACUUUAAAAAACAUGAGAAACGAAUGUCAAAGGAUGAGGAAAGAGCAGUCAAGGAUGAGCUACUUAGCGAAAAGCCUGAAAUUAAACAGAAGUGGGCAUCCAGGCUCCUGGCCAAGCUGCGCAAAGAUAUUCGCCAAGAGUUCCGGGAGGAUUUUGUGCUCACGGUGACUGGGAAGAAGCACCCAUGCUGUGUAUUGUCCAAUCCUGACCAGAAGGGUAAGAUUAGGAGAAUCGACUGCCUGCGACAGGCUGACAAAGUCUGGCGUCUGGAUCUAGUCAUGGUGAUCCUGUUCAAAGGCAUCCCCUUGGAAAGUACGGAUGGAGAGCGGCUCAUGAAAUCCCCACAUUGCACAAAUCCAGCACUUUGUGUCCAGCCACAUCACAUAACAGUAUCAGUCAAGGAGCUUGAUUUGUUUUUGGCAUACUACGUGCAGGAGCAAGAUUCUGGACAACCAGGAAGUCCAAGCCACAAUGAUCCUGCCAAGAAUCCACCAGUGUACCUUGAGGACAGUUUCGUAAAAUCUGGAGUGUUCAACGUGUCAGAACUUGUGAGGGUGUCCAGAACACCCAUAACCCAGGGAACUGGAGUGAACUUCCCAAUUGGAGAGCUUCCGAGCCAGCCAUACUAUCAUGAUAUGAAUUCGGGUGUAAAUCUACAGAGGUCCUUGUCCUCUCCACCAAGCAGCAAAAGACCCAAAACUAUCUCCAUAGAUGAAAAUAUGGAGCCAAGCCCAACAGGAGACUUUUAUCCUUCUCCAAAUUCACCAGCUGCGGGGAGUCGGACAUGGCAUGAAAGAGAGCAAGAUAUGUCUUCUCCUACAAUGAAGAAACCUGAAAAGCCUUUGUUUAGUCCUACUUCUCCCCAGGAUUCUUCACCAAGACUGAGCACUUUUCCCCAGCAUCAUCACCCAGGAAUCCCAGGAGUUGCACACAGUGUCAUCUCAACUAGAACUCCACCUCCACCUUCACCAUUGCCAUUUCCAGCACAAGCUAUUCUCCCUCCUGCCCCAUCUAGCUACUUCUCUCAUCCAACGAUCAGAUAUCCUCCCCACCUGAAUCCUCAGGAUACUCUGAAGAAUUAUGUACCUUCUUACGACCCGUCCAGCCCGCAGACUAGCCAGCCUAACAGCAGUGGUCAAGUAGUAGGGAAAGUGCCUGGCCAUUUUACUCCAGUUUUGGCACCCUCUCCCCAUCACAGUGCGGUGCGACCUGUGACCCUGACCAUGACAGAUACUAAACCCAUCACUACAUCCACUGAAGGUGAGGCAUCUUCACCUACAGCAACCACCUACACAGCCUCAGGCACAUCCCAAGCCAAUCGAUAUGUGGGACUAAGCCCAAGAGACCCAUCCUUCCUACACCAGCAACAGCUGAGGAUUUGUGACUGGACCAUGAAUCAAAACGGCAGGCAUUUAUACCCCAGUGCCAGUGAGGAUACAUUGGGAAUUACUUGGCAAAGUCCUGGUACCUGGGCUAGCUUGGUUCCUUUUCCAGUAUCAAAUAGGUCACCGAUCCUGCCGACAAAUGUCCCAAAUUAUGGUUUGAACAUAAUUGGAGAGCCUUUCCUUCAAGCAGAAACAAGCAACUGAGGGAAAAAAAAUAACAAAAGCAAAAUUAAAAGAGAAAAAAAGAAAGGAAGACAGGAUGAGAAAAGAAACUGAAGAAAGAAGAAAAGAUAGACCAGCAAUUGCAGCUCUUACAAUCACUAAUUCCCUUAUGGUUGAAACUGAAAUGACAUACAAAGGGUCGAUGAUAUUUCACUGAUGGGUAGAAUGCAGCCCCUGCUAAGUAGCCUUUGUUAUAUGAAGUCCGCUGGGAAAUAGAUGUUCUGUCUCUGACAAUAUAUUUUAACUGACUUUCUAGAUGCCUUAAUAUUUGCAUGAUAAGCUAGUUUUAUUGGUUUAGUAUUCUUGUUGUUUACGCAUGGGAUCACUAUUCCUGGUUAUCUCACAAAACAAAGGCUAGGCAGCAGCAACAGAGCUGCAGGAGGACAAGGGCCGUGAGUCAGCCAUUUUCUCAACAUUCUGAUUUCUAAAUGUGUUAAAAACAAGCUCUGUAGCCUUUAGUUAUCAGUAUGGAUUUAUUAAACUUUGGCCCUUAAUUCAGCCUUUUCUAUUCUAGUGUGUUAUGCAGUUUGAAAUUUUCAAUCAGUAUGAACACACAGGCUCUAUGGAAGAAAUGCCUCUACGUAGGUAAAAGUGUUAUCUCCUCAUGCAACAGUAAAAAAGAAAAGGAAAAACGUGAACAUUUUCCCCAUUAAAGAAACACUUACAGAGGCAAGUGCAAUUUAAAAAUCAUAUCUAAGGGGUCAUCACUAUAAGUCCUUCAGCCCUUGGACUCUAAAUUGAGGGGAUUAAAAAUAGAAAUAAAAAUUACUUUGAACAUACUUACUUUUCCCCUCAGUUUUUGAGGGCAUUAAAAGGCAUUAAAUCAAGACAAAUCAUGUCCUUGAGAAAAAGAAAUCAAUGGAAACACAGCACUUAUGUUGGUUUAGCUGCUGCCUCCACAGAGGGGUAGGAUUUAUUUAUUUAAAGUUACUGGUUGCAUCAAGAACCCAUAGGGUUUAUAUAUUUCUGUAAAAUCUGCAUCAUAGAGACAAAGAGAUAGGCAAAUCCAUGUCACAAGGGCACAGCUUACCGUUUACAAACUGGUAAUACCAGGAUGGGGAUAUGUUAUAUUUAAAUAAUGCACUCUUAAUGUAAGUCUAAUUACAGGGUGCUGAAAACUUGCAUGGUGCUUUCAGAAGUUAGCCUUGUUCAACAAUUUUCACAUAUUGACAGAAAUAUAAUGUGCAUGGGCAGACAUUUUGCCUCUAUGUCUCUUUAAAAAAAAAAUUUAAAAUACUCUUUCCAGUAAUCCUAAUUUGCACGAAGAUAUAAUGUCCACAUUACGUGCCUUGCCUUGAAAUCUAAAAAAUAGAAAAAAACAACAAAAAAAAAACCACAAAAAAAAUGGACAUCACUACACUUGUUUUGCUGCAUUUAUUAUCAUUUUAAAUCUUUACCAUUUUUAUGACAAAAUAUUUUCUACUCCAGAUGGGAAAAAAAGUGUGACAUCAUGGAUUUUUUAGACAGUUAUACCUUUAUCUCACAUUUAUAAAGCAUAUCAUGGCUGUGUAUAGUUGCCGCUUAAAAAUUGUAAUCGACCAGCAAUAUUUUCAGUAUUUUGGUGUUUUUUCUAUUAAGCUUUCAUGUUUUUCAUCUUCCAAUUAAUAUUGGGGGGAGGGGAUACAAAUUUAUACGAAUUAUGCAAUACCAAGUUUUGCCUAUGUAGGUAGUGCUUUUAGCUGUAUUGGUUAUUAUAGUUAAGUACACAGAUUUAAAAAAAAAAAAAAAAAAAGAAUAAUGUAUGCUUUUUUUGUUUGUUUUAAUUGACCAAAGUGGGUACUGCUAUUUUUGCAGUGUGAUGAGGUCCUUUUCUGUACUGAAAGGUGGACAGGGGAUUUUUUUUUAUACAUACAUAUAUAUAUAUUCUGGGGUGGGUGGGGAGGAUUUUUAACACUUUACAGUGUAGCUGUGAAGCAGUGCACCCUUAGCCAGGCAAGGGCUGCAAAGCGACUGUUCUGCCUACUGUGACAAACUUUCAAAUCGGUUCCCUCUUUUUAACUUCCCACCUGGGGUGCAAGCUGAAAUCAUUUCUGGAUUUAAAAAAUAAAUAAUGAAUUCUGUUGGAGGCAGACUUGACUUGAGGAAAUUGUUUUACUUUAAGGUUUUUUUUCUUGAGAAGAGAGAGAGAGAGACAGACAGAGAGAGAAAGAGGUCAAGACCCACAGUGAGAUGAAGCCUUUUCCAUUCUGGCAAAGAUACUGCAUCCUAAAGUGUUCACGUUAGAAAAUGUUUUUAGCUCAGAAUGACAAAGACGCUUGCUUUGUCUAAGAAAUGCACGUACAGGGCCAAAAUAUCUUUGCUGGCAUAAUUCCACUGACUCCAGUUGACUCCAGAGUUGCUCCUGCAGAGAAUUUGUCUCCCUUAGUCUGCUUGACUGGUAAAUACUCUUGCCCCCCC